CGUCACUUCCGCCUCCUCCUUAGCAAAGCAAGAUGGCGGCUGUUGUAGACAGAGUAGAUGGAUGUGUUGGGUCAUUGGACUCAGACGCGGUGUCACCGAGACAGUCAACCCCUCCGCCGGACCAGAACAACCCGCUGUUAGGACUCCCCAUUGUGGCCAUUGAGACUAUUCUCAAUUUUCUGUCUUACGAUGAAAUCAGCCUGCUGCGCUCGGUGUGCAAGCGCAUGGACAUGAUCUGCCAGCGUGUCCUGAAUCAGGGCUUCCUGAAGGUGGAGCGAUAUCACAGUCUGUGCCAGAGGCAAGUCAAAGCCCAGCUGCCCAGGAGAGAGUCAGAGAGGAGAAACCAUUCACUGGCUCGUCAUGCUGACAUCCUGGCUGCUGUGGAGACCCGCCUCUCUCUGCUCAACAUGACUUUCAUGAAAUAUGUCGACUCCAACCUCUGCUGCUUCAUCCCUGGAAAGGUGAUAGAUGAGAUUUACCGUGUGCUGCGCUACGUGAACUCCACUCGAGCCCCCCAGCGAGCUCAUGAGGUCCUGCAGGAGUUGAGAGAUAUCUCCUCCAUGGCCAUGGAGUACUUUGAUGAGAAGAUUGUCCCCAUAUUGAAGAAGAAGCUGCCAGGGGCUGACCUGUCUGGCCGCCUCAUUGGCUCUGCACCAGUGGCAGGUCCAUCUACCUCCCUGACCACCAUGUCCCUGCUGGCCAAGAACACGCCGUCACGCUCUGAGAUGACCAAGGUGCAGCAACAGGUGAAGGUGAACGGGGCGUCGAUGACCGUACUGCGGAGGGAGAUGCAGGAAAUCCGUGUCAAGCAGCUGGAGCAGCAGAAGCAGCUGCAGGACCAGGAGCAAAAGCUGCUGGAACAGACCCAGGUAAUCGCCGAGCAGAACGCCCGCCUUGCCGAGCUGGAACACAAGCUCCGCGAACUGAUGGACAGCAGUGCCGCUGCUAUGGGAGGACCCAGGCCCAGCACGGCUGUCCCCUCCACGUCCAGCAGCGCUACUGUGUCUUCCACUGUUGCCAGCACGUCUGCUGCUGUGCUGACAAGUGGCAGCGUGGCCUCUCUGCCCAGAGAGCCAGAGGGCGAGGGAGGGUCAUCACUCAAACGCAGCAGAAAGAGCUCAGACCUUCCACGACAGUCCAAACGGCUGCGCAGCAAGAAAUAAGAGACUCAGUGUGUCAUUUAGUUGAAGUUUUGUUUUUGGUUUCUGGUCGUACUGAUCACACCUUAUCCCCAGCCCCCCCACAUCACGCAUCACCUGUACUGUCUGAGAUGAGUCAGGAGUGUCCCUGUAUGCUUUGCAUUACCAGUAUUCUUUCUCUGCUCUGUACAAGGGACUUGCUGACAGCAAGAAAAAUCUAGAAUAUCACUUAUCUUUACAAAGAUUCUUAGCCCCUUAACUAAAUCAGAAUAUAGUGAGGUGGUUAGCCAUUUGCUCCUAAGAAAACUGUUUAUUGAAGGGUACAUUAAAGUGACUGUGCAGGUCUUUGAUGUAGAUCCUUUUCUCAGAGGCUCAUAUGUUUGCAAAAAAAGUACAACUACAACAAAACUAAAAAUCAAAAUGUAAAUCUUUACUUGAGAAACACACAUGAAUCAUGACAGGCCCUAAAUUACAACGUAAUUGAUGCUGCAUGUUAUCAGUAAUCUCCAUUUUCACAUGUUUGGAAGUCCACAAGCAUUCGUUUCAUUCACAGUUGAUUCUUCCGAACUUCUUCCGGCUAAGUGCAAUAAAAAUCAUUGAAAUAGUAAUAAGUAAUUUAUAUUCUUUGCCAGUAGCCUGGUUGGUCUAUCCAGAUUGCUGCUCAGGUCAGUUCAGUUCAGUCUAAUCAGUUCUUGACCCACCAUAAAAAUGAAGGAUGGGAUAUUAAGAAGUUGACUCUUACCUUCCCUGCCCCAGCAACAGGGAGGUAGAAGUUAUUUGUGAGGAAGUUUUUCUUUCCACUGUGCCUCAGCAACCACUGAUUGAUAUCGCUGUCCUCUGAUCCUGAAAACUGCAGCAGUGAUAAUGGCACCCACUGCUCUGCUGUGUAUAAACAUCAUUUUUUGAAAAGGCUGCCAGUGAAAGCAGAUGUUUGAGCUCUGGCAUGCCCGAAAGCACCGUGUGUUCAGGCCUCUUUUUUUUUCACGAAGACUUACUGUAAGUGAGACGUUAAGGAGGACAAAGAAACUCAAUAACUGCUCUCUAACAGCUAAACAGUGUUUGGUAUUUGUCCUUUGAGGAUCAUACCAGUGUUACUCAUAUUCCAAUGUAUUUACUGCAGUAACAUACAGCAGUCGACACUUAAACCAAGUGCUGCUGUUUUUGAAUGUGUUCUUCCUGCUUUCUAGACAGUUAAUGAGUUCCAUUCAUGUCACUGCAGAAACUAGCAUGUCAUGACUUGAUUUUCAGACAUAGCAAAAGUUCCUGGGAACAGAUUUCUCUUUUUCUCUCAGUCAGCAUCAGAGAAAUAUACCAGCUUCACUUUAUACCAACAGCUUUUAGUUAAAACCGUUCUUGUGCCUGACAAAAAUUAAGUCAGUCUACUAAACAGUGAGAUGUGGUUGAAAGCUCUGGGAAAAGCUAAUAAGUAGACCUUGAUUUAUACUCUUCUUAAACCCCUUUCCAUUUUCACAAAAUAGCCUUAACUCUAGAUCGACUUCCUGGUUUUUUUUUUGUCAUGGCUGAGCUCUGCUUUCAGCUUCAUCUCACAGUCCUCAGUUGGUGGAGUUAAGUAAAUUUUCAUGGACAAAAAAGAACAAAUUUUGACACUCAGUACCUUCUUGAGGUUUCUAGUUUCUAGAGUCAGGUCAUCAUGUAAGUUUAAGUGUUGACAUGAUCAAGUUACAGACAGUUACAGACUCCCAGCACAUACCUGCUGGACGCAGGCACUCAGCUUCACUGGUUAAUAGUUGUAGCAAAUGGUUAAAAAUGCAUGAAAAACACUUGUAUGGUCCUUAAAAGUCAAAGUAGAAUUCGUUUUUUUUUUUUAAGUACACUGUAUAUGUAAUGCCAUUGGAAAGGGUCUGUUCAUGCCAGUUACUAAUUGUGUCACUUCAUCGCUAGUGCCAUGCAGAUUAUUUCUUAUUCAGAGUUAUCUCUGAGACUUCUGUCUCUGCCCCAAAACAAGGGAAGUUGCAUGGAUAGAUACCACCAAAAGGAAAAAAUACUUUAACACUUUGCUAUUUUACAUUCUAACACUGCGACACCAAAAAUUGGAUUUUAAAGUCAGCCUGUUGUGGUUGGUGUAGGGGAACUACCAGAGCAUAUGACUGGUUUGCAGUGACAGUAGAGGGUUGCUGGAAAUGUUAGUCGGUGAAAGUCGGUGCUCAACAUAACUGCUCAAAGUGAGAUUAGUUUGCCCCGGCUGUUGUUUUAGAAAGCGUAGUUUCAAAACCCUGUGCAGCGAUACUCUUCCCCGCUCCUGUACAAACUCAUCUUUUGCCUUGUGAGGCUAUGUUAGCUGUGAGCCCAUAUUGUGGCAGCACUUUUGUUUUCUUUGUUUGAAGCUUUUUUGUUGUUUGGAUGACCUGAACCACUCAUGGCAUGAACCUUUGGUAAAGAAUCUUUGGCAGUUCACGUCUUGGUGAACACUAGCGUGUGUUAUAAUGACACUGGGAAGAAAAACACAAGAAGAUGUAAUCUAGUGGCUUAAUUUGAGACUGCGUCUCAGUUUAGAAAAAAUUACUGUAAUCUUCAUGUACUUUAAAGUGUAGAUUGUGAAUUAUUUCAUGUAUGUAUACCAAGAAAACUAUCUUUUGAGUCAGCCACCUUGGGGCUAACUGUACGGUUUUGUUGCACACAUUACUGUUACAAAUGUAAAAAUCAAACCUAUUAAAGCUCAACUUAACUUA